GCCAAUUUUCGCCUUUUUAUCCUUAUGAAUUGCCUCAAAAACAGAACAGACCUCACAUAGUUGAAUAUCAGCAAGUUUAGUUAAAUGAGUUGCGUUUUUAAUUUAUUUUUCUGACUUGAAGUCGUUGUACUUGCACUUGCAUGUUUAAAGUACUCGAUACAGAUCCAUAAGGAUGGAUCCAAGAUACCCUGACUACAACUCAAUGGCAAAUGGCCGGCCGGCUGACGGCGGCGCCGCCGACGGAGCCGAGCGGGAGCCGCCGGAGCAGUUGGGCGACUCCAGUGACGAGGACGGCCGGCAGGCCGAUGGCACAGAGGACGAGGAUGAGGACGAGGAGGAAGAGGUGGAGGAGUAUCUGGACGAGGGCCGGCCGGACGACACGGCCGAGCUGGCACGCCGGGCGGCCGCCCUGCCGGCCAAGAUGCAGCCCGUCUACCGGCUGCUGCAGGUGCUCAUGGCGCCCGAGAACCACGUGCACAACUGGCCCUUCAUGAACGCCGUGGACUCCAACAGCAGCACAUUGUGGGACUACGACACGGUCGUCACCACGCCCAUGUGGCUCAAGAAAAUCCGUGAGAAACUGCUGCUGCUCGAGUACGAGUCGCCGACAGAGGUGUUUGCCGACCUGCGGCUGAUGCUGCGCAACUGUUACCGCUACAACGGGCCGCAACACAGCGUGACGCGUCGCGCGCUCCGGCUGGAACACAUGAUGGAACAACUCAUCGAGCAGCUCGAGCCGGAGCUGCGUCAACAGUGCACAUUAGAGGCCUCGGAGGGCGCCGACGCUGUGGUCGACCCCAAGAUAGUCAACAGACGCCGCUCAGUGCGCAACAAAGCACCGGGUUUCUUUUCGCACGUGCUGCACUGGGUGCGCCACGAGCGGGCCGACCGGGAGAAGGAGUUUCGCCGCCAGCAGUUGGAGACACGCCGCCAGCAGCGCAGGGAGAAGGAGGACAGUAUCGUGGCCUGGGAGGAGCGCCUGCUGCAGGGACAGACCGGAGACUGGCUGAAGGCCAUGUGGGAGUUACCGCAGAUGGCUCAGUUCAUCCAUCUCAGCCUGCGCGCGCUCAACAUCUUCGAGGUACCGCUGUACGAGCUGGAGCGCAUGUUACUCGUGCCGCAGUCGUCGGAGACGCUCGCCAUGCUGAUGACGUCACUUGUCAGCGGUCCGCUGAUCCGUACCAAGCUCUCGGAGAUGCCGCCCAUGCCGUACACCAUGUGGACCGAGAAGCUGGCGGCCCGGGUGCAGCUGUGGUACCGCGCCUACGUCAAAGAGGCCGGCCAGACGGACCGGCUGCUCGACACACAGGGUAUCGAGCCCGACUUCUGGCGAGUGGUCGGCACCACCAACCCGUUCGAGGACAAACUGUUCCACGAGCUCAGCUUCUACCAGCGCGUCUGGAUGGUCAAGACCAUGUGCGACUUCCUCUUUCACAACCACAAGACGGUGCAGGACUGUGUGAUGGAGAGCUCGAUGACGGAGCCGCGGGAGAGUCUGCUCGGCGUGGACCGGCACGGCUACGAGUACAUCCACCUGCCGCACCUGUUCGUUCAGGACGUGCGCCUGUACCGGCGGCGGCCGUGGCGCGCGCCCGACCACUGGCGCGCAGAGCCGCCGGCGCCGCCCCCGCCCCCGCCGCCGCUGCGCGCCUCCCAGCUGGGGCCCGCCUGGACCCGCGCGCGGCUGGAGAAGUUCCGUCGCCAGCUGACUCAGCUGCGCGGCGGCUCCGGCCGGCGCGGCGGCGCGCGCAAGACCGCCGUGCGCCGCGUGUUCACCUGUCUGGGAGGCUCGGCCACGCCGGCCGCCUCGCCUUGCCAUAGCGACACGGAGCUUUCCGAGUCGACCCCCGGCUCCAGCGGCCAGAGUGAUGCCGACGACGGGCCCGAGUUCACCCUGACCCGCUCCGGGCGGAAGUCGCAGCGGCCUCCGCGCUCCGCGAGCAGGAGGUCGUCCUCUGCCGCCGCCGCCGCCGCGCCGUCCACACCGGAGCCCACGCCGUCGCGCCGCGGCGGCCGCCGCUCGGUCAGAGGCAAGGGGCGUGCGACGAGCAGCAGUCGGGGGACAACGCCCUCCAAACAGCCGUCGACGCCUUCCAAGCAGCCGGCGGCGGCCGAUCUGAACGUUUGUCCUCACUGUGGAAUGUCGAUACGUACCGCACGGGCCCGGAAGGCGCAUCGCUGCUUCCAGGAACAGGCGCUGAAUUCAUCAGUUGCGGUGGCAGCGGCGGCCGAUUCGUCAUCGGCGCCCUCCGAUAAUGACGAUUCGUCAGACGGCGAGAGUCCACCGCCUGCGCCGGCGGCCCGGAGUCGCGGCCGACGCUCCGCGAACCGGCCGGCGGCGAGUCGCGGCGGACGGCAGGGACGGGCGCCGCGCGGCCGGUCCCGUCCCUCCCGCGGUCGGCGACAGACAGAGGAGCAGGAGGAGGAGGAGGGUCGCGGCUCGGUGGCUGACUCGCUCUCUGUGGCUGACGAGCUGUCGCGGCAGUCGGCGCCUGAGCUGGAGUCGGUUGGAGACGAGCUGUCGCGGCUCUCUGCGCCGGACGCGCCGGACGACCACUCUCCCGACCGCUCGCCGCCGCAGCUGGCACCCGUGUCGCCUUUGAAACGUCCCUCCGAGGCCGCCGGUCCGGCUGAUCUCUCAGAAAUGGACCUAGAUGAGGACACGACCCCAGCUCCGGUGAUUGAGAAUGGCGCCGCCGGCGAUGACAGCGACUCCAAAUCAUCACCGACCGCUGACACAGCGGCUGACGGUCCCGCAGAGGAGGCCGGGCCCCCUGCGCUGUCGGCCGACGGACAGAUGGACACAGUGGCGGGUGGUGAUGGACCGGGUGUGGCGGAGUCUGGGCCACAGGAUGGGCAUUGUGAGGUGACAGAUAAACCCGAUGGUGUCAGUGCUGCGGGCAGUGAUCGAACAGCGGGUAGCGACCGGCCGCCGAGCCCACCCGCCGCGGCCGGCGACCAGCCAAUCUCAGGGCAAACGGUCAGUAAAGGCAUCGAGCCGAGUGUAGAAAAUGGGACUGUGGGGACCGGUGGGGGUGUGGGUGGGGCGUCCGGACCCGUCCUGGAGCCCGGCGAGGAGGCUAUGGACGCCACUGACGUGAACAUGGUCCCCGCCGAGAGGACAGGGGAACAGGGCACCGAUGGCGCACAACUCGUGGAUUUUAAGGGCACUUUGGACGCCGUGAAGAGAGAACCCGAUGAGCGUAAGUCUGAAACUAGUGACAUGGAUUGCGAGACUGAUGACAGGAAGACAGGAGCAGGCGACCAAAAACUUAAAGCAGACGGGGAGAACCCUGGAGAACUUGACCAGAAGGCUGGAAUACUUGACCGGAAAUCUGCAACAGAUUGUGAUAAACCUGGAAGUGGUGAUCAGAAGCCCGGAACGCCUGAGCAGAAACCCGCGAUAGAUGAGAAGCCUGGAGUCGGUGACCAGAAAGCAGCCUUUGAUGGCCGCACCAUCAAGUCUGAAGCACCGGACGAAAUCACCAACCCCGAGCCAUCCGACGCAAUCGUCAAGUCUGAGCCAGAGGUGAACACCUCAGCACCUCCGGUGAAGAGUGAGCCAGGCGAGUCGCCGCGGGUUAAGGAGGCUGCUCGUGCCGACGGUGGUACCGGCGGCAGUGAGUCGUCGGAAGGGGAUGGCGGUGGCGCGGCUGACGGCGAGCUGGCGGUGCCGCGGCCGGUGCCCGAGCCGGAGCACCUGGCCCCGCCCGACCCCGACCAGUUUCAGCUGGUGGCCAGCACGUUCGACGGACUGCGGAAGUUAGUGGACACGUUCGACCCGGCCACCGCCACCGCCGACACCGCCAACAGCAAGAAGGGACAGAAGCAGCCCGCCUGCGAGGUCGAACUGCAUAAGGCGCUGAAGAAGAUACUCGAGGAACUGGAACCGCUGGAGACAAAAAUCAACCAGUCGGUGCGACGCAUGCGCAAACGACUCUGCCAGGAGUGGCUCAACUACAUCGAAAGGCCGGCCGACUACGAGGACCCGAACGAGGCGGCCUGGGUGGAGCCGGAUCAGCAGCCGGAGCCGACCCCGUCCAAGACGGAGGAGCGCGACUCGGAGCCGUCCCCCGAGCCGUCCGACGACGAGCAGUCCGUGGAUGCGGACGGACGCCGCAAGCAGCGCAGUCGAAGAGCCAAACGGAAGCGGGUCAACUACUGCGUGGACGGCGCCGGCGGCGCGGCCGGCGAGGACGCCAAAGACUCGGAGACCUGGCAGACCAGCUCGCGCGGCCGCGUGCGAAAGGUGCGCAAAAUGGACGACUUUGCGUACGAAGAGGCUGAUGAUACGAGUCGAGACCGCUCGUCCCCGGCUGACGACGACGACUUCUCGGUGGCAGAGGGCCGGCCGACGGUCUCGCCGUCCAAGGUGGCGCGGUUCGCGCGGCCGGCGGGUGCGUCGGGCGACAACAUCUCCUGGGAGUCGUACCGUCAGAAGAUGCUGCAGCGGGAGCAGCAGCGCAAACCGCGGGCGGCGCCGCGGCCUGCACGCAUCACAGAGCCGUCGCCAGCGUGGAACAGCGAGCUGCCCAUACUGAACGAAAACCUCGGCGACCGCGUCAGCCGAAUCCGCAGCGAGCUUCAGCGGAAGAUGGUGCGACGCCCGGCGGCGAGCGGCGCGGCCGGCGCGCAGCGGUCUACCGGCAUGACCAGCGCCUCGCCGAAGACGCCGCUCGGAGGGCGUGUUCUGGUGAAUCGGACCAACCCGCUGGGCGGCGCGAUCACGAAGGUGGUUCACACGGCCGGCGAGACGAGUCCGUUCGUGCUGCGAAUGGGACGCGACGGCCGUGUGUUCAUGGACAAGGUGGCGGGCUCGCCGGGGGCGAGCGGGUCCCAGGCGACCGGCAGCACCAGCCAGGCCUCGGCGACCCCGGCGUCGUCGGCUGCGUCCCCGGCCCCCUCCGGCAACGUCACUGCCAGCAAAGUGACCGUGGUGCUGCCCUGCAAGGACCCCAACACGGGCGACACCAUGUACAUGAAGCUGCCGCCGGAUCAGGCCAACUCGAUCCUGCAGUCGCUGCAGCUGCCCGGCAUCAGCUCGGGCGCCACGGCGGUGAGCACGUUCACGGCGGCCGUGGCGCCGGUCCGGCCGGGCGCCCCGGGCGUGCGCGCGCCGCUGCGGCUCACGCCGGCGGCGGCGGCCGCGGUCGGUGCCGUGCCGGCCGCCGCCGCCGCGCCGUUCCGCGCCAUGUUCUCGGCGCCGGGCGCACAGCUGCUGGGCUCUGUCUCCAUUCCAGCGACCGCUCCACUGCCGGCUCCAGCUCCGGUGCUGCUGACCGCCGCAGCACCAGUGCGAGCCCCGGUACCAGCUCCGGCGCCAGCCCCGGUUCGUGCUGCAGUUUCAACAGCGACUUCAGUCCCUGUUCCUGCUCCUGUCGGGGCCCCUGUUUCAGCACCUUUCCCCGCUCCAGCCCCCGCCCCGGCUCCAAUGCCGACCACGCCCCCGGUGCUGUCGCGUUUCCCCCGCUCGGCUACAGCGGUGACACCCACCUCCUCCCCGGCGCGUGCCCGUCUCCCGGGACCGCCUCUCCUCUCACCACCUGCGACAACCCAGCCGCCUGUCUCGACCGCCGUCCAGCCGCCACACCGCUCUGUACUAAUGCAGCACGUGCAGUCGCUGCCGGUGCCGCCGGGCUCACCGCGACCGACCCUCCGCGAGCCGCCGCCGCCGCCACCGCCUCCACCCCCAGCGCCUGUGGCCCAGCCGCCCGUGGCACAGCCUCCCGUGCAGCUGCCCACCGAUGUGGCAUCACGAGUGAAGGCGGCCCUGCAGCAGGCUCAGGCCAAGGGGAUCCCUCUGGAGCAGCAGCAGGCGCGGAGACUGGCGACGAAUGUGAUGAACGAGGUGGCGUCAGCGCCGGCCGCGACGGCGCCCGUGGUGUCUGCCGUCCCCCAGCAGCAGGUGCUGGUCAGCUCUCCCCGGAAACAGCAGGCCAUUCGGCCGCUGCUGCCGACCACGCCGGAGCGGCCGGCAGCGUCCGCGGGCCGCCCGGUGCUUCUGACGAGUUCCCCGCGGCCUCUGAUGGCCGCCCGGCCGACCGUGCUGGCGGCGGCGCCCACCCUGCUGGCGGUCAGCUCCCCGCCGGUGCUGCAGGGCGGAGCCCCGCAGACCACCUUCCUGACCGUCUCACAGCCGGCGCUGCUGACCAGCGGCCCCGCCACCCUCAUCAGCUCCCAGCCCGCUCUGCUGGCGGCCGGGCCGGCGCUGGCGGUCACCGCUGCCGCUCCCGUGGUCCGGCCGAACGCUGUGGUGGUGAGUCGCCCACCGGCGCCCGCCGGCCGCGCCGUGGCCGGGCCGCCGCCCAUGCAGCGCGCGCCGCGCUAUGUGUCCUCUAGUGUACAGUUUGUGGCGGCACCGCCGGCCGCCCCCGGGCCGGCAGCGACAGCUGCGGCGAGCUCCGGACAGCGGCUGCCCGUACCGCAGCAGGGCAAAGUGGUGGUCAUCAAGUCGGGCAACGAACAGAAACUCGGGGUGCUGAUGCCCAACGGACAGAUCCUCGAGUUCUCCGAGAAACAGGCCAACAGUGUGCGAAUGGAGGCGACCAAGCAUGCGGGUUCGGGCACGGCCUCCUAGGCGACCUAGCGACGACGGCGAAGAUGCAUGAGCUGACACUGUGGCAUGCCACCCUUCCUCGGUUGUACUUUUAGCGACUUUCGCCACCAUGCAUAACUUAUUCCAUUAUUGUCAAUACAGUUUCUACAUAUGUGAGUGCA